GGGGUGGCUCUCUAGGAGAGGCACACAUAGUUUUGUGUGCUGAGUGGCACUAUUCCAUCUGUGGCAGAUUCCCUGUGGUGGGUGUGGGGAAUCGUUUCUGUUUCUACUGAUAGAGACAAUGUCUCAGAGCAAAGGCAUCGUGGUCCUUGCCUACAGCGGAGGGUUGGACACCUCGUGCAUCCUGGUCUGGCUGAAGGAACAAGGCUACAAGGUCAUCGCUUACUUGGCCAACAUUGGACAAGAGGAUGAUUUUGAAAAGGCAAGAAAGAAAGCACUUUCCUUGGGAGCCGAAAAGGUUUACGUUGAAGAUAUCAGCAGAGAGUUUGUGGAGGAAUUCAUCUGGCUGGCGGUCCAAGCCAACGCGAUUUACGAGGACAGAUACCUCCUGGGCACCUCACUGGCCAGGCCCUGCAUUGCCCGUAAGCAGAUGGAAAUAGCGCAGAAAGAAGGUGCCCAAUAUGUUGCCCAUGGAGCUACAGGCAAGGGUAAUGACCAAAUUCGCUUUGAGCUCACCUACUAUGCCAUCUGCCCUCAGAUCAAGAUCAUUGCUCCUUGGAGAAUGCCGGAAUUCUACAACCGCUUUCGAGGCCGAAGUGACCUCAUGGAAUAUGCCAAGGAGCAUGGCAUCCCUGUUCCAGUGACGCCCACCAAUCCAUGGAGCAUGGAUGAAAACCUUAUGCACAUCAGCUAUGAGGCCGGGAUCUUGGAGAACCCUAAGAACCAGGCACCCCCUGGCCUUUACACAAGGACAAGAGACCCUGCUACAGCCCCAGACACUCCAGACAUCUUAGAGAUUGAAUUCAAGAAGGGUGUCCCUAUCAAGGUCACCAAUGUUGAAUACGGCACUGCCCACCAUUCGUCCCUCGAGCUCUUCGUUUACCUGAAUGAAAUUGCUGCCAAGCAUGGUGUUGGGCGCAUUGACAUCGUGGAGAACCGGUUCAUCGGAAUGAAGUCUCGAGGUAUCUACGAGACCCCGGCGGGGACCAUCCUGUACCACGCUCAUUUAGACAUAGAGGCCUUCACCAUGGACCGGGAAGUGAGGAGAAUCAAGCAAGCGUUGGCUUUGAAAUUCGCUGAAAUGGUGUACAACGGUUUCUGGUACAGCCCAGAGUGUGACUACAUCCGCCAUUGCAUUGUCCAAUCCCAAGAACUUGUGGAAGGGACAGUACAGGUCUCUGUCCUGAAAGGCAAAGUCUACAUUUUGGGAAGGGAGUCUACACAGUCCUUGUACAAUGAGGAGCUAGUGAGCAUGGAUGUCCAGGGCGAUUACGAGCCAUCUGAUGCUACCGGCUUUAUCAAGAUUAACUCCCUUAGGUUUGUAUUGAAGCGUUAUAGUUUCAGAAGCUUGGCAAUGUUCUAGGCAGAUGCUUUAUACUGAAUCAGACCAUUAGUCUAUCUAGCUCAAUAUUGUCUGU